ACUGGUCACUUGCACAUCACUCCUCCGCCAGCUACAGCAUCCUUCUAAUCUGCACAUUGCCACUAUGCCUGCAACAUUACCCAGAAGCACAUGGGCUUGGCAUUGCCUUACAAGUUCAAGAAUUCAAUCCCUGAUGACCCUUUUCUGCCUCAUGUGUCUUGCAGCAGGUUCUCCGGUGCAGAAAGAAGCCAAGACGUCUCAUCAUCCAGGACCAGCUCUGCCAGUGUCAAGAUCCCCACUAAGACCUGCAGCUCAUUUUCAAGUUGAUCCAUUCAUUUGGGACUCACUGACAUGGACCCCCAACAUAGACAAUGCCUUCACCCAAGGAAGCUUAAUAUUGAAGAACAACAAACUGCACAUCGAGCACAAGGGCCUGUAUUUCAUAUACAGUCAGGUCACCUUUGGAGGAACACAGUGUCCCCAGGACAAAAAUCUUGUUUCCCUUACUGUGAUUCUAGAGUCCACUGAACAUAAAGAGAAAAUGCAGCUUCUUCGAUCAGAUAAAACACCUUGUGAACUGUCUGGGGCCAUAUCUGCCAAUAAAGGGAGCCGAGCAGGGUGGAACAAGUCUAUUUUUCAAGCAGGUGCAUUUCAACUUAAAAAAGGAGAUAUAUUAUCUGUGGUGGUCACAGGAACAGAAUAUCUCAAGAGGGAAAACGGGGCAACCUAUUUUGGUAUUUAUGCUUUGUAAGACCAGGGUUGCAUGAUCAACCGCCUCCAUAUAUCACACAUAGAUUUGCUUUAGACAAAAAUUGGUGAGUGUUUAGAUCAUAUAAGGGGUCCCUUGAUUACUAACUUUCUUUGAACCAGCGUAGAGGCAUGCCAGAAGCAAGGAACUCUACUCUGGGAGACUCUCACUAUCUAUUAAAAGCAACAGCUGCCUAUUGAUUUUAAUGGGUGUUGUAGAAUCCCACUGCGGUUCCCCAGG